GGUUCCCACUCGUUUCCCCUCCAAACCUCAAACCCUAGCACUUUCUCGUUUUCCAGCAAUCCUGGUUAUGGCUUUUGAUACAUAAUAUAUUUAAGGCCUUAAAACUUCUAUUCGGUUAAACCGAACGCGGUAUUCACCGGAAUCGCGCUCCAUCGGGUUCGUGAUCGCGAUUGAUAAUCAUCGGCGAAAUGGCUGAUCAGGGCGACACUGAAACUCAGGUCCUCGAGUCCGUGUCUCGGUUUUCUUCGUUGCCUCCUGUUGGUGAUUGCAAGGAUGUAAAGGACGAGACAGUCCUCUUUGAUGAUACAUGGGAGCUUGAUAGUCCUUUAGAAGAAAGCCAGUUGGAGAAACUUGAUUUUGACACCAUAGUAGUGGAUGAUCCUGAUAGCAUGAACAAUGUAGAACUUCAAACAAAAUGUGAGUAUGAGGAGGAGGUUGUGCUGGACAGUGAGGAUGAAGGGAUUUCUAGAACCAAGUUAGCUAGUUCUGUGGACAAGUUUUCUUUCGAUAAACCUGGUAGAAGAGUUAAAGGGAACGGGAUGAACUCACAGAAGAUGCACCUUUAUAUACUUGACGAACAAGCUGAGUACUUAGUGCCCUAUUCUUGUGGAUCCAUUGAUGAUCAACAUGCAACAGACUCACUUGAAGGAGACAAAAAAUUGACAUCUAAUUUUGAGACUUCUGAUUUGGGACAAGAUAAUAAGUUCGCAAAGGUUAACUGCAGUGGUUCUCAGGAACCUGGAGGUUCCUCCCAAGCUAAUGCACUUAACUUUGUGGAUCACUUCUUGUCACUUAACGAUGUGGCCUUGUCUCCAAGAAUGGAUUCCACAAAAACAAUGAAGGAAAAGUCGCCUCAUGUCUCAAGUGCCAAGGGAAUUCAUAGUUUGGCAAAGCGAAUUGUACUCGGAACGCCAAAUGGAGAAAAAGAAAUCUUCAAGUGGGAUGAUGGUGAUCAGCAAGGUGAAGCUGAUUUCUUUCGCAAUAAAUCUGAGGUAAGGCAUCAGAAGGCUAGGCUUUUUGACAGUUCAGGAAGUAAGAGUUCAGCUAACAAGGAUAAACAGAAGCAAGAGUUUGCAAACCUUGAGCAGGAAAUAAUGGCUUCAGCUCCUUCGAAAUCAAGCUUUCCUGUUCAUGGUUCAAAAGAGAUCUGCAGCAUGGUGCAAGUUUCUGAUAUGAAGAUUGAUAAUAACUCUAUCAAGGAGUUGGAAGAAGACCGGUAUGUGAAGAUAUCAGAAGAGUUGCAGCAGUUUGAUGCUUGUAGUAUCAGCGAUUCACUAGACAUGUGUGAUGUCGGGUUUAACACUCAAAUAGCUGCUGAAGCCAUGGAAGCUUUAGCAUAUGCCCCUCCUGCUAACUGUGCUACUGGUGAUGCUCAUUAUGAUACAUGGGAUAACCUUGAAGUUUCAGGUGUCAAUUUAACUUGGAGUAAAGCUCAUGCCGGCCAUCCUUACCCUCAAGAAAGUGUGUGCUUUAAUGUAGGAGAUGUUUCAGUAAAGCGAAAACAAAGAACAGGUCCUGUUGAAAAUUUCCAAGGUACUUCCAAUUCGUCUCAGAAGCACUUUGAAAAUCAGGAUAUAGAAACUAAAAUAAGGAGAACCAAGUCGUUGGCCGGGAGACAAUCAAUUGCUAGGAUUUGUGCCCAUGCGAGUGAAAUUUCCGAGAGAUCCCCAAAGGUCAUAAAGCAUGGAAAAGUGGGCAGGGUCAAAAGGCAGAAUAACAGUAAAGCAUGUGAAAAUAGUAUUUCAUCAAUUGCUGCUGGACACAUUUCUCCUGUCAAAGGAAACGAUCAAGUAGUGCUUGUUUCCCACCAAACCAUGAAUCAUGUGAUAGAGGGUGGAGCAAGAAUGUGCCAGGACCAAUUUGAUAGUACUGGGGAAAGGACAAAUAAUGAUAUGGCGGGUGGCAUCAUCACAUACAAAAGGAGGAGGAGUUUAUCGGCUAAUCCACCAUUGGCAUCAAAAUUUCCCGAAUUGCGUCUUGGCUCAUCUGCGAGAACUAGUAACAACACAAAUGAACCGGAGCAAACCAGUGUGGAUGUUGAUUCUCUAACAAGUUAUUUAAGAUUGGAUUCAUGGAAUUAUCCUAAAAGAAAAAGAACACCCCAUAAAGUGCAAAGCAAUUCUGGCAGAGCUAAUAGACUGUUUGCAUCAUUAGUUACAGCUGAUGAGAAAGUAAGCGCUGCUCAUUCUAAGAGAAGGCAGAAGUUGGAAGAAAAUGUAAGAACAGCUUGCUUAAAUGCAAAAUCAAAAUCAAAAUCAUGGGACUAUCCUACAGGAAAAAGAAGUUUUUGUAGAGUGGGAAACAAUUCCAACAGACCUAAUAAUUUGUGUUCUUCAUUUGUUAUAGUCAAGGAGAAAGAAAGUGAUAGUCAUCCUAAGAAAAGUCAGACAAGGUCGAACUACAAUACUACAGAUGUCUGUGCAAAAGGUGCGUUGGUAGUAACAUCCAAGAAUUUGUCUGAUAAAUGUCACAACAAGACACGCAACAGAAGCCUACCAAAGUCUUCCUCAAGAGAGCGUGUUGGAUUGGCUGCCCCAAAAUCAAAACCUGAAUUUACAUGGAAAGAUUUGAGGAGGCGGAGAGUUAUGACUUAUGUUCGAGUCUUGUUUAGCCAACAUUUGGGUGAUGUCAUUAUCAAGAAGCAAAAAAAGAUAUUGACACGGUUGGGAGCCUCCGUUGCAUCAUCUUUGAUGGAUGCAACUCAUUUUGUAGCCAACAGGUUUGUACGUACUAGGAAUAUGUUGGAAGCCAUUGCUCUCGGCAAACCAGUGGUGACCCAUCUAUGGCUUGAGAGCUGCAGUCAAGCAAGCAGUUUUAUUGAUGAGAUUUCAUACAUCUUGAGGGAUACCAAAAAGGAGAAAGAAAUCGGCUUUCGCCUGCCUGUGUCACUGGCUCAGGCAAUGCAGAAUCCUCUUCUAAAGGGUCGAAGAGUCUUUAUCACAUCAAGUAUAAAACCUGAUAAAGAAAUGCUUGCUUGCUUGGUCAAGGCCGUCCAUGGUCAGGUGGUGGAGAGUUGGCAGAUUCCUUUAGCAGAGGAUCCAAAUCUCCAAGAUGAUUUAUUGAUUCUUUCUUGUGAAGAAGACCAUGCUAUCUGUUUACCUUUCCUUAAUAAAGGAGCAGCAGUUUAUGAAUCAGAACUACUACUGAAUGGGAUAGUUAUCCAGAAAUUGGAAUAUGAGAGGCAUCAGCUCUUCGGACAUCAGGGCAUCAGAAAUCGCCCAAAGUCGAGGUCGAGAUGGUAAUGUAUCCGUGCUUUCCUUAAGGUAAGUGAUGGACCGGAUCCAAUUCAAUUUUGUAUGAUCUGAAAUAUGUUUCUCUCUCAAGAGUGGAGAUAUUGGCUGGCUCCAGAGACACUGCAAAGUGGAGUGCAUUUUUGGUUCACAUGUGUUCACGCAUAGUUUUCAAAAGGUUGCUCAACAUUCAUC